AUGAACGGUCGGCAGCUGGCGAUCCACUCCGACCGUGUCGCGGAAAGGACCACAGAUCCACAUGGGCGACUGUGGUCCACGACGUGCGAGGAGGGAGCUUCUGAUGCACGGAAUGGAGGAGCGGCCACCGCAGAUGAGUGUUUUGUCUUCGUCUGUCUGUGUUACGUGUUUGUCCUUGUCUUUGCAUGCCAUGUCCUGGUGGCCGUUUGUCCGCGUCAGUCCUUGUCCUUCCCUUUGUACGUGCCCGUCCGCCCCUGUCUGAACACGUCCGUCCGUGCCCUGUUGUUUCUGUCUGUCAAUCCGUUUGUCUGCGUUCUGUCCAUGUCUGUUCUUGUCUGUCUGUCUGUGCCCGUCUAUCUAUCUGUCUGCAAGACUGCUGGCGUGUGUCUGCACUUCCAUUCUUUCUGUCUGUCUUCGUUAACAUGUUAG